CUCACUCGCUGCUCUCGCUCCCUUCCAGGUGGCUGGGGCGGGCGGCGGACAGAGCCAUGAAGCGCGCCCUGCUGAGGAUGUUCCAGCCGCGGGACAAGGCGGCGUGCGGCUCCUACGAGGGGGUCGUGUGCGAGGCCGAUGCCGCCUCCCUCGCCUCGCAGGACGUCUUUAAGGUGAUUUCAGAUGGAAGUGCUUGCAGAUUGCGGAGUUUAAUUAAGAAAAAUCGUUCUGGGCUUAGCAAAUUGGAUGAACUGAAGGCCACUCCAUUGCAUCAUGCUGCAGGAGGAGGUCACAUAGAAUUAAUGGAGAUGAUUUUAGAUGAUUCUUCCAAUGAAGCGCUAAAUGUGAUGGACUCCUCUGGAAACACCCCAUUGCACUGGGCCACAAAAAAAAACCAGGUUGAAAGUGUUAAAUUACUUCUCAGCAGAGGCGCUAACCCAAACAUUCUAAACUCCAGUAUGAUGGCACCUCUUCAUCUAGCUGUGCAGUGCCUUCACAAUGAAAUAGUUAAGGUGUUGGUCCAACACAGCAGUACAGAUGUUAAUCUGGAAGGAGAAACUGGCAACACACCUAUAAUAGUAGCAUGUUACAAAGAAAAUCCUGAGGCACUGACGCUUCUGCUUGAAAAUGGAGGAAAGUUAUGUAAAUCAAACAAAACUGGAUGUAUGCCUGUCCAUGCAGCUGCCUUUUCAGGUGCAAAAGCAUGCAUGGAAAUUAUUUUAAAAAAAGGUGAAGAAUUAGGUCAUUCUACUGAAAGUCACAUCAAUUUUACCAAUAAUGGAAAGUGCAGUCCUCUCCAUCUGGCAGUUCAGAGUGGAGACUUGGAAAUGAUUAAAAUGUGCAUCGAAUUUGGAGCGCAGAUUGAUCUGAAGCAGAAUGAAAAAUGCACAGCUCUUCAUUUUGCUGCCACCCAAGGAGCAACUGAGAUUGUUAAAUUAAUGAUGUCAUCCUAUUCUGGUGAUGAAUCUAUUAUUGAUGCAGUAGAUGGGAAUAAGGAAACACUGCUUCACAGGACUGCAUUAUUUGAUCACUAUGAACUGGCAGAGUAUUUAAUUUCAAUGGGAGCAAAUAUUGAUAGUGUUGACAUUGAGGGUCGGUCACCACUUCUGCUGGCUACUUCCUGUGCAUCAUGGAAAAUUGUGAAUUUACUACUCUCAAAAGGAGCAAAUAUCUCUCUAAAAGAUCAGCUUGGUCGGAAUUUCUUGCACUUGACAGUACUGCAGCCUGGAGGAUUACAACAUCUGGAUGAGAAAUUUCUGCAGAUGAAACAUAUUAAAGAUUUUGUAGUGGAAGAAGAUGACGAGGGGUGCACUCCACUACAUUAUGCAUGCAGACAAGGAGUGCCCUUCUCUGUAAAUAGCUUGCUCGACUUGAAUGUUUCUGUCUAUUCUAAAAGUAGAGACAAGAAGUCUCCAUUGCAUUUUGCAGCCAGCUAUGGGCGCAUCAACACCUGUCAGCGACUUCUCAGAGACAUGAAUGACACAAGGCUUUUGAAUGAAGGUGAUAAGAAGGGAAUGACUCCCCUUCACUUGGCAGCCCAAAAUGGUCAUGAAAAGGUUGUCCAAUUUCUACUGAAGAAGGGUGCCCUCUUCCUGUGUGAUUAUAAAGGCUGGACAGCCCUGCACCAUGCUGCCUUCGGAGGAUACACUCGCACAAUGCAGAUAAUUUUGGAUACUAAUGUAAAAUCUACAGACAGAGUGGAUGAAGAAGGGAACACAGCUCUUCAUCUUGCUGCAAAAGAAGGACACGCGAAAGCAGUGAGACUGCUUCUUGAUGAUGGUGCCAAAAUAAUCUUGAACAAAGCAUCAGCCUCUUUUUUCCAUGAAGCGAUACACAAGAGGCAUAAAGAUGUAGUGUCUGCUGUCAUUCUGAAUAAAAGAUGGGAAGAAGCUGUGACAACAUUUUCUCACUCUUCUACUGCCAAUAAGUGUCCUUUGUUGGAAAUGGUUGAAUAUGUACCUGAAUCGUUAAAGUUGGUUUUGGACAACUGUAUGAUUGAGUCUUCAGAGGAAAAGACAAGUCAAGACUUCUGUAUUGAAUAUAACUUCAGGUAUCUCCAGUGUCCACUAAUACUUAACAAAAAAGUAAAGGCAGAUGAAGAAAUUGUCUAUGAACCGCUUACCACUCUAAAUGCUAUGGUACGUCAUAAUCGAAUGGAGCUUCUCAAUCAUCCUGUAUGUAAAGAAUAUUUGCUCAUGAAGUGGAUGGCCUAUGGGUUCCGAGCACAUAUUAUGAACCUCAGUGUGUAUUCUCUUGGUCUCAUUCCUCUGACUCUUCUGAUCACCCGCAUACGACCAGGAAUAUCUUCCAAUGCAACAGAAUCCCAUCAAACAGGACCAUUAGAGUAUGAGGAUUCAUACUUCAUAAGAGUAUGUAUGUGUUUAGUUUUUACCAUGAGUUUAUUUGGAAUCUGCAAAGAGAUAUUUCAGCUCUUUCAACAGAAAUUGAAGUACCUGUUGGAUUACUCUAAUCUAUUAGACUGGAUAAUUUAUACCUCAAGCAUAAUUUUUGUGUCUUCCUUAUUUAUUAAUAUCCCAGCUCACCUGCAGUGGGAAUGUGGAGCAAUUUCUGUAUAUUUAUCUUGGAUGAACUUCUUGCUUUAUCUUCAAAGAUUUGAAAACUAUGGAAUCUACAUUGUAAUGUUCUGGGAAAUUCUGAGGACUUUGAUUCGGAUUGCUGUUGUGUUCUUUUUCCUGAUAUUGGCCUUUGGACUCAGCUUCUUUGUCCUUCUGUGUUCACAGCAACAUUACAAGACUCCGCUCCUUUCUGUAAUGCAGACAUUUGCUAUGAUGCUGGGAGAUAUUAAUUAUCAUGAAGCUUUCCUUGAUCCGCUGCUAAGUGAUAAUUUGCCCUAUCCAUUCCUGAGUUAUGCAGUUCUCAUUGUCUUCACCUUGCUUAUUCCAAUUCUUCUUAUGAACUUGCUGAUUGGUUUGGCUGUUGGAGACAUUGCUGAGGUGCAAAAAUAUGCUGCACUGAAAAGGAUUGCAAUGCAGGUCAAUCUUCACACAAAUUUAGAGAAGAAGCUGCCAUAUUGGUUCCUAAGUCGGGUGGACCAGGAAUCAAUCACUGUGUAUCCUAAUAGGCCAAGAUACUGUGGAUUUAUGAGCGUGUUCAAUUAUUGCUUUGGUUUUGAAGACUCUGUCACAGAUGCUCAGAGUGCUGACACAACUUUAGAACUGGAAAUUUUGAAGCAGAAAUACAGGCUUAAGGAUAUGUCAACGCUCUUGGAAAAACAGCAUGAGCUCAUUAAAUUGAUCAUACAAAAAAUGGAGAUAGUAUCAGAGGCUGAGGAUGAAGACAGUAAUGAUUUAUUUCAGCAUAAGUUUAGAAAACAGCAGUUAGAACGCAUGAACAGUAAAUGGGAUACUGUGUUAAAAGCUGUAAAAUCAAAAUGUCCCUAGCUCUAGCACAGCUGAAAAUGACAACUCUUUCUGAACAUGACUGUCACAUCAUAUAUUAUCUGUAAAAUUGCUUUACUUUAGGGUCUCCUCUCCUCUAGUGCCCAUGUGUAAUGUUAAUGGUACUCACAUCAUGUACACAAGUAUAGAACAGGUUCCUAAUUAUGGUUUACAAGAAAUACAGUAAACCUCUUAGCUCUGUAUUUACUGACCUGUUCUGCUGUUAUGAACAUCUUUUUUUCAUGGAUUCAGAGUAUAUUAAUUCCUAUAAUAACCUGACUUUUGGGGGAAAAUGAGGAAGGGAAUCACUUUAUGUCAAAAAUCAUUUAAUAUAAAACAAGAAGCUGAGCCAGACUGAUUUCAUUGGGAGUUUUGACUGAGUAAGGACUGCAGGAUCAGGCCCUGAAAGGUACAAAAUAAAUGUAAGAUUGUGAAGCUGUUGUGCAACUGAAAGGCCAGAUUCUGCCAUCAGAUAAGUACAUCCUAAAAUACAAAUAGCAGAAUGCAGAAUUUAGUUCUGUCAGUCACUUUGAACUAUUGUCCUUUAUACGUAGUAUGUUUAAAUUUCAGUGUAGACAAACCUGGCAUGGUGCUUUCCAGCGCAGGUGAACAGACACACACUACUGCUGCUCCAGCUAGUGUGCUAGAAAUAGCAGUGUGGCCUUGGCACCAUGAGUGGUGGUUCAGGAUAGCCAACCGAGUCCAAACCUGCCCAACCCACUGGGUACAUAUCCAAAGCCUCUCAGAGCUACCAUGUAUGUAUUUACCUGUGCUGGGAAGCAUGGUCCCAGCUGCAUUGUAGACAUACCUUUACUCUGGGUUCUACCAUAAGAACUCAUCUUUUAGCUUAAUCUGCACUUUGGGUCUUGUUGUUUACUUACAGAAUAUAAAAUGCAUAUGUGCAAUAAAAUAAUAUACAUGUAUGUAUGCCAUAAACAUUAAUUAAACUGCAUUGUUGAAAUGCUGCAAUGUAUUUUCGGUUUCAGAAAUGGUAACAAUAAACUGCUUAUGUCUGUA